CAGGUCUGCGAAGAAAGAUGACCCAUGAUCAACUGUCAUUCUGCGCGCUAGAAGGUAAAUCAAAUUUUGCCGUUGGACACGCGUUACGGGCAUCACCUUUGGGAUAGGGACAAGUGCUUAUCGACGUUGGAAUAUGAGUACAACAGACGCUCACAUGUCGCAUUUAGUUUGGCCUGAUCAAACCCCGCUCUUGAAGCGCCAGCAUGCCUGGAGUCAUAGGUGUCCCAUUACCAUUCUGAAGUACCUUGGCUCCCAGAUCUUGGGAGCAAGGCACGUGUAGAAGGCCUCAUGUAUCUUGUUUUCGUGAACGUCGGAACGCUCGACAGAUAAGACCAGUUCAUUCUCGUUGUACUAACGCCCGUCAGUAAAAUACAAAUAGUGAACAAGAUGGAUACCGUGAUACACCCACAUCCAAUAAUGCGCUUAGUACUUUUCUGCGUCUUCCUCUACCUCGUUGGAGUAAUCCAAGCUACACCCACAACAAACACAACAAAUACUACCACUAAUGACAGUUUCAAAGCCCCAUCAUUCACGACCAGAACCUUAUGGACCAUCAUCUCCAGCUCCGUCCUUACUCUGUUUGCGUGCACAUACAGUGCCAUGCACCCCAAUAUCCCGCAUCCUAAGGACAGCAGCUCCCUUGAUAUGCUAUGGCGACAACUUGGCAUGAUGGUAAUGGCACUAAUUGCUCCUGAACUGAUCGUCACAUGGGCUAUGCGCCAGCGGUUCAGCGCUAAUCAAGUUACAAAGCAGUUCAAGGAAUCGGGGUAUCCCAAAGUUCGAGAAAUGGAUUCUGUUGAAGCACCUGAAGCCGAAAUUUCCUUUAUUCAGUUCAUUCGCCUCUGGCUUUGGGCUACCACGCGCCUCUUUCAACUGGCUGUUAAAGGCGUAUUAUCUGUGCUGGUGUCUUCUUGGCAUUUCCUUUAUGCUCUUGUGAGGCGGGUUACAAGGCGGAGUCAGUCAGGGCCAUACGAGUCUUGCGCGGAAGGCUUAGAUUAUACGUGGACUCAGACGCACAGCUUAUUCGUGCUCAUGGGUGGUUUCAUGCUUUACGUGGACGGGAAACCCUACCUUACACUUCGUCCUGAUUACAUUCUCAAACUGAUACGUGAGGGUUGUAUCGACGUCCCUACCCUGACGGAAACGCAGAUACAGGACAAGAGCAAAGGCAAUGCGAUAUCGAAAGGAUUGGUCAUGCUUCAGGUGGCCUGGUUUCUUAUGCAACUCAUCGCCCGUGUCAUCUAUCGUCUCGAAACUACGCAGCUGGAAGUGGGGACAUUCGCUUUUGCGGUUCUCAACUUCCUAAUUUAUGCUGUAUGGUGGGACAAGGCUCUCGAUGUGCAAUGCCCACAUCCAGUGUAUUGGAAAUCGACCGAGUCAAAGCCAGAGGAUUACAUUGAUGUCAGUGACAGAGACGAAUUCACUCGACUUCGGUACUUGCCCCGAUUCUUCCGCCCAAUUCUAGAACUGAUAGGGUGGCGUGACAUUCCCACAUCUCGAAAGCUCCAAGUUCCAACAUUUGAUGGCAGCAUCAAACUCAAAGUUUCGGACAGGAUGGUUCUUCAGCAAGCUGGAUAUCUUUUGGCAACAACAUUUGGCGGCAUUCAUUGCAUGGCUUGGUUUUUUGCGUUCCCCACAUACGAGGAACAGGUACUAUGGCGUAUAAGUGCCGUUGCUGCAACUUGCACACCCUGCCUCUGUUUCAGUGCCUAUUUUGACACUGAACUAUUCACCCAUAAUCUACGGCACUCACCCGAUUCAGAAAACUACGUCAUUGAAAGUAUAUAUUUUGUGAUUUGUUUCGCAUUUGCCAUGUUGUACAUCGCAGCUCGUGCCGUCCUCUUGGUACUUAUGUUCACCACUUUGCGUAAUCUUCCUCCUGACGCAUACAAGGAGGUGUCGUGGACUAGUUUAGUGCCGCACUUAUAGUUCUUGAUUGUGGUGCUGGAGAUA